ACGGCCGCCACGUGAGUCGCCUCGGCCGCCUCGGUGCCGCUCCCUUUUGUCCCCACGUCUACCCCAUUUUCUCGGAUCUCAUGGUUGUAGUGCGGUGAGGGGGAGGGCGAGAGCCGAGAGGGAACUCGAGGAAGAAAGACCAGACUCUCAUUUGGCCUCCUUGAUGGCGGCGCUGCGGUGGGGAACGGCCGUGGGGUACUUCGCCGGAGAGGGCACGGUGGCGGACGCCAUAGCAUGGUGGGACGAGAUCGACGGGUCGGAGAAGUGGCAGCGAGGGAUCUUCUGCGCCCUCUGCGCCUCCUACGCCCUCGUCUCCGUCGUCGCUCUGGCACAACUGAUUAGGAUUCAGCUCAGAGUACCAGAGUAUGGCUGGACGACGCAGAAACUUUUCCACCUGAUGAAUGUUGUGGUGAAUGGACUGCGUGCGGUUCUGUUUGGUUUAUAUCAUGAUGUGUUUCUUAUCAAAUCAAAGGCUUUGGAAAUGGCACUUCUAGACCUUCCCGGACUGUUGUUUUUUUCAACAUACACUUUACUUGUUCUGUUUUGGGCAGAGAUAUAUUAUCAGGCUAGAAGCCUUCCAAUUGUUAAGCUUAGACCAGCAUAUCUAAUAAUAAAUGGUGUUGUAUAUCUGAUACAGAUUUGCAUAUGGGCCUAUGCACAAAUAAGUCCUAAGCCAGUUGCUACAGAAGUUGCUAAACUCUUCUUAUCAGUCAUUUCCUUCUUUGCUGCUCUGGGAUUUUUAAUUUAUGGUGGAAGGCUAUUUUUCAUGCUGAGACGCUUCCCAAUUGAGUCCAAGGGUCGUCGAAAAAAGCUGAAUGAGGUUGGUUCAGUUACAGCAAUAUGCUGCACAUGUUUCUUGAUACGGUGCUUUGUGGUUGCUCUCUCUGCCUUUGACAACGAUGCUGACCUUGAUGUCAUGGAUCAUCCUAUUUUAAAUUUCAUCUAUUAUAUGUUGGUUGAGAUUUUCCCAUCAGCUCUUGUUCUUUUUAUUCUUCGGAAGCUGCCCCCGAAACGAGUUUCUGAUCAAUAUCAUCCUAUUAACUGAAUCUUGCAUGAUCAGCUGUGAUUUUGCAGAGAAAUCAUUCAGCGUGAACCACAGCUACUGCUACCUCGAGUUGCUCAAGUUCAGGUAUCCAGGAACUAAUAGAGCGAUGGCGGCAAAAGUGAAGAGAACAACCACAACUUUAUUAUCAACCAAAAGAGUGGGAUUUCUUGUUGAACUGUUCAAGUAGCUUUGAUGUAGGUUAAGUUUGCUAGCAUCCAAUUAUGUUUUCUGGUUGAAGAAUGCCUCUGAUUCAUGCUCGUUUGGAAGCCCAUGUGAAACCUGUUGUACUGGGAACUUCUUCAUGUCUUUGGAAUUAAGGUUGACCAGCUUGGACAAAUAAAUGGCUGGACUAGAUUAUGUCAUCGUUUCUUUCGUUGUU